AUGCCCGCCCUCGCUGUGGUACUGGGCGCCUUUGCCUCGUUCUCGGGGUUCUUGUUUGGAUAUGACACUGGCUACAUUGCUGGUUGUAAGACCAUGGUACCCUUCCUCAAAGUCUAUGGCAAAUUCGAGAAUGGCGAAUGGAUGCUGCCCACCGGCACAGACUCUCUCCUCACGUCCAUCCUCUCCAUCGGCACUUGCCUGGGUGCCCUUCUUGGCUCCACCGUCGGUGACCGCAUCGGUCGUCGUUGGGGAAUUAUCUUCUACAUUGCCUUGUUUGCUGUCGGUGUCGCGCUCCAGACCGCCUGCAAGAGCGUCGCUGGCUUUGCCGUUGGUCGUGUCUUUGCUGGUCUCGGAGUCGGCGGUACAUCGUGUCUGGUGCCCAUCUAUCAAGCAGAAUGUGCUCCUAAGCACUUGAGAGGACUCAUCGUCUCUGCCUACCAGUUCUUCAUCACCCUCGGUCUCCUCGUCGCUUCGUGCGUGGUGUAUGCCACAAAGGAUCGCCCGGACGAUUCGUCUUACCGUAUCCCAAUUGGAGUUCAAUUCGUCUGGGGUGCAAUUAUUAUUGCCGGUACAAUCAUCCUGCCCGAGUCGCCUAGGUGGCUCAUUCUCAAGGACAAGGACGAGCGUGGCCGCAAGUCUAUCGCUCGCCUGCUCGGAAAGCCCAUCGAGUCGGACGAGGUCCAAAACCAGUACGCCGAGAUCCGUGCCAACCUUGACCACGAGCGCAACAGUGGCAGCGGUAGCUGGGCCGACUGUCUCAAAAUGGGCGAGAGCAAGACCAUCCUUCGUAUCGCAACCGGAAUGGGUGUCCAGGCUCUGCAGCAGCUGUCGGGCAUCAAUUUUAUUAUGUACUAUGGCACCCAGUUCUUCCAGAACACUGGCAUCGCCGACUCGUUCCUCAUCAGCAUCGCUGUCAACAGUGUCAACUCUGGAAUGACAAUUCCGGGAAUGAUUGCCGCCGAUCGUCUUGGGCGCAGGACCCUGAUGAUGUAUGGCGCGGCGGGAAUGGCCGUUGGCCAGUUCGUUGUCGCCUCCAUCGGUGUCGCUACCUCUACGACCAACAUUGCUGCCCAACGUGCGCUCGUCGCCUUCGUAUGCGUCUACAUAGCCCACUUUGCGUCUACUUGGGGUACCCUUGCGUGGGUUAUCACGUCCGAGACGUAUCCGUAUGAGGUCCGCACAAAGGGCAUGUCCCUCUCGACGGCGACUCAGUGGCUGUUCAACUUUGCCAUUGGCUACGUGACCCCUUACCUCGUCAACAGCGGUCCUGGCAACGCUGGCCUCCACACCAACGUCUUCUGGAUUUGGGGUGGCUGCUGCUGCGUUGCCUUUGUCUUCUCCUACUUCUGCAUCAACGAGACCAAGGGCCUCUCGCUCGAGCAGGUCGACCUCCUCAUCCGCAAGUCGACUCCCCGUACCUCCAACGCCUACCGCAAGGUCAUUCUCCAGAACGACCUGCACGACGACGAGAUGGUCCGCUACGCCACGCGCGAUGGCCGCCCUGUGGAGAAGUCCCACCCCGACCACUUUGAGCAGCAGAGUGCUUAG